UCUUUUGCACUGAUCAGCUCAGUUCCAAUUCUUAACCCGUAGCGAACGGUCCGUAGCUAUGCGAUGGCAAUUAAGCAAUUGCCGUUCGUAGUGCUUUUCCUUGCAUGGGGAAUUCCCCGCGAUUGUGCUGGUCAAAGGUAUGCAAUUCUCGCUAGUCCUACGGUAAGACCACACGGUAAUUAUGAUUUGAUAGUGACAAACAUAUCGCCAGCUAAGAAAGAGUUCAAGUGUGAAAUUGUCGACUCGAACGAUGUGCCUGUCGGCGGAAACCAUAUGACGGUUAACCCGUACGGCGUAAGGAAGGUACUCAUUCCUGUAGCAGCUCUGAAAGGACAAGCAUACAAGCUGAAAGUUUGGGACGUACAAAGCCAAUCGCUAGUAAAUUCUACCGAGCUGGAGUGCAUCAGACAACGCUAUAUCGUACUGUUUCAAACUGAUAAGCCUGCCUACAAACCGGGCGAUCGGGUACAGUUUCGUGUGAUCUUUCUUUUGCCUCACAUGGUACCGGUAACAGCGCAGGUUCUGCCCGACAUUUUCCUUACCGAUCCUGACAGAAUGCGCAUGAAACAGUGGCUCAAUGCCUCACUGACAAGUGGAGUGUUCGAGGGUAGUUUCCAGCUGGCGGAGCAAACUACGCUUGGCCUGUGGACAAUCAGCGCCACCCUGUAUGAUGAGCUAUACAAAGAAUCUUUCAUGGUGGAGGAGUACACGCUUCCGUUGUUCAAAAUCGAGACACAGGGUAUACCGAAACCAUACUUCCACUGUAAGGACACGAACAUGUCGCUGAAGCUGAGAGCAUCCUAUGUGCAUGGUGGUUCGGUACGCGGCAAUGCUACUGUAGUAGUUCGUACCAACUACAACAACUAUCCUUCCCAGACGAAGGAAGUAGCACGGAAAGAGCUUCCAAUUAAUGGUAUGGUGCUUGUUAACUUUCCAACUGACAUCGUGGCGAAGAACUGUGAUGAAGAGCAUACCGUAUGGUUCCAUGUGAUGGUAACGGAGAGUUCUACCGGUAUUACCUACAACACUACGUCCACGAUGACGGUUCACAAUUCGGAAGGUGUAACAAUGGAGGUUUUGGACGGGAAUGAUGCUUUUUAUCCGGGUCUAGCGAUGCGCUUCAAAGUAAAGGUGACAACCAAUCUCGACGAGAAGCCACUGGUAAACCGGAAUAUAAGAAUAUUGUACCGAGUAGUGGACGAGGAUCAAAACGAUCGUGAGGAACUGAUCCCCAACGUGUUAGUACUACAGACGAACAGUAACGGGAUUCUUCAUUUCUCGAUCAACACCACCAUUACGACAUCGGAGGUAAAUGUGGAGGGUAGCUACAAGAACCAAACAAUUCCCUUAGUCUUUGCUUACCCGAUGUAUGAAGACAAAAGUCUCGACUACCUUGGGAUGAACACGCGUAAUGCAUACCAUUACUUCCAUCGCAACAUCAUUGUUGAUCUUUAUUCGAAUGUAAAGCUCCAAAGAAUUUAUUAUGUCGGCUAUACUACGGGGAGGAUAGCUACAUAUGGAGUUCACGAAUCAUCGAAACCGGCAAACAACCAUCAGUUGGUAAUUGAGGCAAUACCACUGAUGAGGCCACGGAUGAAACUGUUAUCAUAUGCCAUGAAGGAGGAUGGAAAAAUAUUGAGUUCUGCAAUUAUUAUACGCUUUAUGUCCAGUUACAAACCUGCAUUCGAUAUAACGACCACAUUAACGGAACCAAACUCUGGCACGUAUGCGUUCAACAUUACGACCGUCGAGAAUGCGUUCGUUGGAUUGUUAGGUGUAGAUGAGCGGAUCAUGGAGAGAUCCACAAUUGAUAAUAACAUUUCGCAGAAAAAACUUGAUAAAGCGAUGCAAGAAUCAGAAGACUCAUCGGAUGUGUGUUCUUCGUAUGACAGCUUUGGAAGUGUUGGUGUGAAGGUGCUAACGGAUGGAUAUCUGCCAGAUGUUGGAUUCGUUCCUCACUCAUUCGAUGAGCUUGCACGAGCUGGAACAGAUUCUAGUCAGGACUACAACACGCGGGAAGACUUUCCCGAAACAUGGAUCUGGGAAUCGGCUGAAACAUCUUCCGGUAAAGCUUUGUUCAAGAAAUCACUUCCCGACACCAUAACGACCUGGAUAGUGACUGGAUUCUCGGUUAGCCAGAGGAAUGGUUUGCAACUACUGCAGGAACCCAUAAAAAUACAUUCAAAGAAGCGGAUCUUUGCCCAGCUCCAUUUGCCACCAUCGAUCAAACGAUUCGAAGAAAUUACAGCCCAUUGUCUAGUGCAUAAUUAUGGCGCUGCUGCUAAUGUGUCGGUAGAGGUGCGUCCAAUGCUGAAAGCCGUUACUAAACUGUUCCUUGCCGAAGCAACAACUGAAACCAUUCGCAUUAAGCUUAAUUCGGCAAAGGUCGGUGUGUUGGCAGUGGACGUAAUUUUGAGAGGACCAAAGGGGGAAGUAAUCGACGCAUUGAGACAAACAGUUCCAGUUCGACCCGAGGGUUUAACGAAAACAGUGGAAGAUGUACGUGUUCUGAGCUUUCCUAAGCACGCUAAGCAAAGCUUUAACCUAUCGCUGCCGGAAAUCAGGGAGAAUCAUGGUGUAAGUUCUGGAGAGGUAACUCUUUCGGUGAUAGGAUCGUUUCUCAAUCUAAACUUGUUCGAUUUGGAGUACAUGGUCAAAUCCUCCCAAGGCAAUGGAGAGGAGAACUUGCUGUUCCUGCAAACUACGAUGGCCAUUUACGAUUAUUUGAAAAACACAAAACGAUUACUACCAGAAACUCAGGAGAAAUUUCUCACCUACAUGGAGGUAGCUUAUCAACAAAUGCUGAACCAUCGUUUAGGCGACGGUUCUUAUACCAUUUUCAAACGAGUUCACCAGUGUGGAGGAGUUUGGUUUACGGCCAGCGUGCUGGAAACAUUUCAGAAGCUAUCCAAGUACAUGCCGAUAGAAGAAUCUGUUCUUAAUGAUGGAUUGAACUGGCUCGUUCUGCACAGCGAAGAAGAUGGAAGCUUCAAUGAAAGCUGUACGAUCGUCCAUCCACACAUUCAACGUACCGGUGGGAAAGAACUAUCUCUGGCAGGCAGCGUCUUAUUCGCUUUCAUUGGUAGUGCAGCGACCAAACAGUACGAGCAGCUCAUCAACAAAACCACAUCGCUUCUGCUGAGUUCUCCUAUAGAAGAUGUGUACUUGCUAGCAAAAACAACUUACCUACUUACGCUUUUGGAGCAUCCAGAGAGUGUAAGAAUGCUUAGCACACUUAACCGAAUGAUGGUGACGGAUGGGAAGUAUCGCUACUGGAGGGUGGCACGCCGUGAAACAACGUCAUUGACCAGAGAGCAGGAAGCAACCGCUUAUGCGCUGCUGGCGAACAUAAAGCAGAACAUGCUCGAUCAGGUAGAAAUGAUACGAGUAGCGCAAUGGCUCCAGAAGCAAAGUUUCGCCGGUGAUCGCUGCGUACCGUCGUUGGAGAGAGUCAUUGCUUUGGAAGCGCUCGCUACAGUGGCCCAGCAAAUCCCUAGCAUCGCACCCAGCAUGUACAUUACAGUGGGAAAUUUAAAGCUUGAAGUUAACGCAACGAACAAGGCACUGUUGCAAACUGUUACCCUUCCGAAGGACACUAGAAGUGUUAGUGUGUCUGUGAGAGGAAGUGGUUUAGUUUUGAUGAAGCUGUCCUACCAGUACAGUCUAUCGAAUUCGACUACCAACGGAAAGACUUCAAAUCGAGUCCCACAUAAUGGACCCAUUAGUGUGAAUGUUAAGAAGAAAAUGAUAAUGAGCAAUAGACUCGUACUGAAUUUGUGCUUUUCAGUAGUUCAGCCACUGUACGUACACGAGUCGGAUCUUUGGAAAGCGGCUAUCGAUCUACCGACAGGAUAUGAAAUAGAUGAGCAGCAGCAGCGUUACGAUAAUACUACCAAGAGUACGUUCCUGCUAAAUAAUAACUCACAGCUAGAGCUCGUCUGGGAUGUUCGCCAUGCAACGGAGGUUUGCUACGCAGUGACUGCUAUCACCCGCUGGCUACUGGUGGAUCUUAUGACAGGAUUAAUUUAUCUUUCCUCGUUUGACACAAAAGAUAUAGUCGCUGUUUACCAUUUUUGA